AUGAGCUCCGAGGCAGCACAGGCUCAGCAUGGCGGCGAGUACCGCCAGUUCCUGCCCGACUUGAGCAUUCCCAGGUUCACUACCAUGCAGAAACAGGAUGCUCAUGUAUACGCAAAAGAGUUUAAGGAGGGGGGCAAUCCUCCAUGGCUUCACGCUCUGUAUUUGCACUGGCUCAAGCUGCUCAAAGACCCAUUCAAGGGUAUCACAACAGACGGCAAUGUGAGACCAGACUUGUUUAAAUUGCAAGACGAGGAAAUCCCGAUUGACGACAUCGUGACUGCUACGAACGCUGUCGUUGCUUUGCUUGACCCAGCUCAGGCCAAGCGGGUGAAGUAUCAUGUUGAUGCCCCUGAGUGGCGCACAUGGAGCAACCCUGAGUUCCUGCUCAGCGACAAAGGGAUUCGGCUUGACGAGAUUAGCUCCGAGUUGCGAGAGAAGAUCUUGCUCGUGCUGAAGACAACACUAUCUCCCGAGGGAUAUCAGAAGGCAUUGGGCGCGACGCGUGUGAAUGGGUUUCUCGGUGAUCUCGUCAAGUCACCAGCCAUAAUGAAUGAGUUCAGCUACAACUUCGUCCUUUUCGGCGAACCAUCGGUAACGCGGCCUUGGGGGUACGCCUUCUAUGGCCACCACCUCUGCCUCAAUAUUUUCUUUCACAAGUCUCAGAUUGUCAUAUCACCAUGGUUCACAGGCGCCGAACCUAACCUUAUUGACGAAGGGAAAUACAAGGGAACACGGAUACUUGAAGAGGAAGAAAAGUUGGGAUUGCAACUCAUGCAAAGCCUUCCUGCCGAUAAACAGUCGAAGGCACAGAUAUACAAGCAACUGAGGGACCCUGCCAUGCCUCACGGCCGAUGGAACCAUGACGAUCAGCGCCAUCUCUGCGGGGCGUACCGGGACAAUCGUAUAGUGCCUUACGAAGGCAUUCUUGUCUCAGAAAUGACACCUGACCAGCAAGAGCUGGUAUUGGGGAUCCUCAAUCAGUAUCUUCUCUAUCUACCCGCCUCAGCCAGGAAGCUCCGCUUGGACAACAUCAAAUCAUGGUUCCAUGAGACAUACUUCAGCUGGAUUGGGGACUAUGGCGAUGCGGAUCCCUUCUACUACAGGAUUCAAAGUCCCGUUAUCAUUGUAGAGUUUGACCACCACUCAGGUGUCUUCCUCACAAACAAGGAGCCAGCGAAGUUCCACAUUCACACGUUGUUGAGGACACCAAAUGCUGGUGACUAUGGUAUGGCUUUGAGGCCGUUGAUUCCUAGCAGCGAACAAGCUUUUACUUGGGACGGUGAGAGAGAUUAG